AUUAAUCUCUUCUAUUUCAUUUCCUCAACAACCAUCCACCUUUCUCUUCCCUGCUUGGCACCCCCAUCACCUGGCAUUCUGCUUGUGCAUGCAUUUCUGAGUUCUCCAUAGCUUGGAGAUAUGAGGGAUCGAAUAGAAAGACUUGUUCUUCUUCCCUUCUCAAUGGGUUGUGUUUCUGAAUCCAGCAUUGCAGUUGGACCACGGUUUCCUGAUAGACCAAAGAACAUUAAUGCAAACUCAACUCCAACAAGAACUCCAGAAGAUGACAAGGAGGGAGAAGAGGAAUCUGAAGAUGACGAAGAGAGCUUGUCAGAUGAUAACUUGAAGAGCCCAUCACGCCUCCUCGCAGCUCCCAAAAUCCAAAAGCUGUUCAAGAAUUUUAAGAAUUUGUCUCAACUAUUUGCAUACAAGGAUGAUGAAAUAGAAGAAGAAGGCACGGGCAUGGAAAUUGGAUUACCAACAGAUGUCAAACACGUCACUCACAUAGGAAUAGAUGGUUCUGCAACUUCUAUUCUGUCAAAGGGCUGGGGUAAUCCAAAAUCACCUGGCUUGCCAUCUGCUAAUUGCCCACCAUCUGCCUUUGCAUUUGCCAUGCCAGCACAGGCUGAUAAAGCUAAAGUCAGUGGUCCAUGAAAGGCAAAUCAAGAUGAAUAUGGUGCUGGCAUUAGAUAUCAAAGGCCAAUGAGGAAGCAAAAACAGGCCAAGAUACAUUUAUGAUCUACCAGACAGAACCAUGAACUUGAAAAAAUACCUGUUCCUUGUGUGAACUCUUCAUUCUCAAAAUUACUGCACUGAGAUGAUUUGUAUGCCUAAUAUUGUGAUUUUAGAAAUCAAAUGUACAUUUGGCAUAUAUGGAUUGUUUGUGUACCAAUAAGACUCUCUUAAAUUUGGUGUAGACUCAUUACUUCAGUGAAAUUAUACUGCUUAUUCAGUACUCAA